UCGGCCGAGGAACGCUUCCCACAUUUUAAGGAUUAUUUCGAGGGGCGACCGGGUGUGUCUUGACUUGGAGCAAUCCGGACCUUUGAUGGAACCGGUCCAGAUUUAGCAGAGGGUGGAAUUCAUAUGCUUUUCUCCAGAUUCCCCUUUUCGGCUGAUGGAGAUUCAGUAAGGAAGUUUAGAACGAUGAUCAAAGACAUCAAGGAGAUGGUCCCUCUUAUGGGGACCAAGAAGCUGAGUCCUCAGGAGACUGCGGCGGCGGCUGGCCAGGAUAAGAGGACAGCCGAAGGUACCCCCAUCAAGAAGAGGCAGAUCCCAAAUGCCACACCUCACCUGGGCAGUUCUCACUUUUUUCUGGAGAUCGAAGCCUUUGAAAGCAACACAUCCCCAAGCCGGACGUCUCCCCCCAUCUUCUCAAAGCCCAUGGACUCCAACAUCCGCCCCUGUGCCUCCGCCAACUGUGAGGAUAUGGAUUCCCCCCAAUCAAUCCAGGAUGACAUAACAGAAUAUACCCCAAAUGCUGAGAGUUGUUGCACCAACUCAACCCAAAACGCUCAGCCGAACAGUCGCCGCAAGAAGCUGAAAAAAUACCUCUUCCAUGCAGUUUCGGAAGGAAAUCUGGAGGACCUGCAGAGUGUCCUGGCAGAAUUGAAGGAUCGGUCCCAGAGGUGCCAAAAUCUGACUGUCCAAGAAUAUCUGAUGAAUAAGAUGACCUCCUCAGACACCGGGAAAACCUGCCUAAUGAAAGCUUUGUUGAACAUCAACCAGCACACCAAGGAAGUUGUGAACAUGCUGCUCUCGUUUGCAGAAGAGAACCAAAUCCUAGAAAAGCUUAUUAAUGCAGCCUACACAGAGGAAGCCUAUAGAGGACAGACGGCUCUAAACAUUGCCAUUGAAAGACGUCAAUAUGACAUCACUCAGACCCUGAUUGAGAAAGGCGCCGACGUCAACGCCCAUGCCCAGGGCGUGUUCUUUAAUCCCAAACGCAAACACGAAGGGUUUUAUUUCGGCGAGACCCCUCUGGCGUUAGCGGCCUGCACCAACCAGCCGGACAUCGUGCAGCUCUUGAUGGAGAAUAGCAAGAUGGACAUCAUGUCUCAGGACGCGCGGGGGAACAACAUCCUCCAUGCGCUGGUGACCGUGGCAGAAGACUUCAAGACCCAGAAUGACUUUGUCCGGCGGAUGUACGACGCCAUCCUCUUGAAAAGCAGAAGCCGAGAGUUGGAGAUGGUGAAGAAUAAAGACGGUUUAACGCCUCUGCAGCUGGCGGCAAAAACAGGGAAGUUAGAGAUUCUGAAGUACAUCCUCAGCCGAGAAAUCAAAGAGAAAUCCAUCCGAAGCCUUUCCAGGAAGUUCACCGACUGGGCUUAUGGCCCCGUCCAGUCCUCCCUUUACGACCUCACAGAAUUGGACACCACUUCGGACAAUUCAUUACUGGAUAUCAUUGUCUAUAAUACUAAUAUUGGGAAUCGUCACGAAAUGCUGGCUCUGGAACCGCUGCAUUCCUUGCUCCGGAUGAAGUGGAAGAGAUUUGCUCGCCACGUAUUCUUCAUCUCCUGCGGCCUGUACUUCAUCUACAACCUCAUUUUGACGUUGAUCUCCUACUACAGGCCUCACACCAAGCAGCUUCCACCGUUUCCUUUGGCAUUGAUCGGAGACCUGAAUUGGCUGCAGCUAUCAGGACAAGCCAUGGUUAUCUUGGGAGCCGUGUUUAUUGCUAUUAAAGAGAGCGUAGCCAUUUUCUUAUUACGGCCAUCCGAUCUACAAACAAUUCUUUCAGAUGCCUGGUUCCAUUUUGCCUUUUUCAUUCAAGCGGUGCUGGUGAUCGUCUCGGUCUUCCUCUACCUUUUCUCCUACAAAGGACACCUGCCCUGCCUCGUCCUGGCCAUGUCCUUAGGAUGGGCCAACAUGCUCUACUUCACUCGGGGGCUGCAAUCCAUGGGGAUCUACAGCGUCAUGAUCCAACAGGUCAUCCUGCACGACGUGAUCAAGUUUAUCGCUGUCUACCUGGUGUUUUUGUUUGGAUUUGGCGUAGCCCUGGCAGCCUUGGUGGACUCGUGUCCCGAGGACAGCAAAUGCAACGAGUACAGCGUCUUGGGCAGCAUUGAGGUCGACUUGUUCAUGCUGACCUUGGGCCUGGGUGAGCUGGACGUCCCGAAAAACGCCAAGUACCCCAUCCUGUUCCUCCUGCUGCUCAUCUCCUUCGUCAUCCUGACCUUCGUUCUGCUCCUCAACAUGCUGAUCGCCUUGAUGGGGGAAACGGUGGAAGACAUUUCGAAAGAGAGCGAGCACAUCUGGAGGCUGCAGAGAGCCAGGACGAUUGUGGAGAUUGAAAAACUUCUCCCCAAGUUUCUGAGGAGAAAAUUUGAACUUGGGGAAUGGUGCAAAGUGGCUGACAACGACACGCGGUUGUGUUUAAGAAUCAAUGAAGUCAAAUGGACGGAGUGGAAAACCCACGUGGCCUUUAUCAAUGAGGAUCCAGGAACAACAGAGUGCGGCAGAAUGCAAGACACCUCAAGGAGUAACAGCAAAACCACUCUGAACGCCUACGAAGAAAUUUACGACUUGCCAGAAACGACAGUUUAAACCGUGCAUCGCCGUGGGGCCAUUUUAGACCGCGACGGCUUCAGAGAAGUCACACGAAGGCAGGAGGCACCCCAAUCUCGUCCGUUCCCGAGCUCGGCCAGACUAGCACGGGUAACACCCCUCCAUUGCAAGAGGGUUGACUAAGAGUUGUAAGCAGGGGGGACUAAGGGUCCCAGCCUAGAUUUUUCUCAACUUCGUGGGAAGUCAAAGACUUCUUUUGUUGGUGACCUGAAGGAAAUACAUUUCAGAUUUCAAGAGAAACCACAAUACAAAAUCUGCAGCACUGACCACGUGGAGCGUGAUUUUUCCUGGUGGAUUGGGACCUGCUCUACUGUUUGCUCUGGCAGGCUAGAGACUAAGCGAAGGGGGUCAGGAUGAAUCCCCCCUCUCUGUCUCCUGGGUCAAUGGGAGCGUGGUCUGCCUGAAGGUGACCUCAAGCCAAUUUGGGCUAAUCUUGGAAACGAACCAAGAUUGAUCCUGGUUUGUCCUCAGAUGCGAAAGAAGAAGCCCUUUAGGAGAAACAUCUGGAGGGUGGAGAGGGCAGAGGUUCGCUGCACCAUUAUUGCUAAGGACACUUCCUGGAUAAGUGUGUUCCAGGAAUUUGCAUUUAACUUGAAAGAAACAUCACGGUUUAAAUGGUAGAUUUGAGGAGGUGGUAUCUAGUUGGGGGCAUUUUUGUACACGUGUGUG